AUGUCUGGCCGCUUCGUUCGAGCCUCAAAGUACCGACACGUCUUCGGGCAGUCGACCAAGAAGGAACAAUGUUACGACAACCUCCGCAUCUCCAAGAAUGCCUGGGACACCAACCUGAUCAAGGCCAACCCCAAGUACCUCUCGGUCAAUUGGGAGGCUAGCGGCGGCGGUGCCUUCGCUGUCAUUCCCGUCGACGAGCGCGGCAAGCUGCCCGAUGUUCUGCCCCUGUUCCGCGGCCACACGGCUGCUGUCCUCGAUACCGACUGGAACCCCUUCGACGACUCGAUCAUUGCCUCCGGUUCCGACGACGGCAAGGUCUUCAUUUGGCAGGUCCCCGAAGACUUCUCUCUACACACCGAUGCCGACGAGCCCACCGAUGUCAGCCCUGUCGCCAAGCUGUCUGGCCAUACUCGCAAGGUCGGCCACGUCUUGUUCAACCCCUCGGCCGCCAACGUUCUUGCCAGUUCCUCGGGCGACUGCACCAUCAAGCUGUGGGAUCUCGCUUCCAACAACCCUCGCCUCACCCUUAAGCACAACGAUAUUGUCCAGUCCUUGUCAUGGUCAGCCGACGGUGGCAUGCUUGUGACCACUUGCCGCGACAAGAAGAUCCGCUUCUGGGAUGUCCGACAGGAAAGACCGGCCCAUGAGGUCCAAGGACACCCUGGCGCAAAGAACAGCAGAGCCGUAUGGAUGGGCGAACACGAUCGUGUGGCCACAACCGGCUUCUCGCGCAUGAGUGAUCGUCAGCUUGGUUUGUGGGAUGUGCGCAACCCCAAGGAGCCUAUCGGUGGCUUCUCCAUUCUCGACUCUAUCAGCGGUGUCUGCAUGCCUUUCUGGGACGAUGGUACCCAGAUGCUGUACCUUGCUGGCAAGGGUGAUGGCAACAUCCGCUACUACGAGUACGAGAACGACAAGUUCGAGUACCUGUCAGAAUACAAAUCGGGCGACCCGCAACGCGGUAUUGCCUUUGUGCCCAAGCGAGGAGUAAACCUGCACCAGAACGAGGUCAUGCGCGCCUACAAGACAGUCAACGAGAAUCUGAUUGAGCCCAUCUCUUUCAUUGUCCCUCGCCGCGCAGAGGUCUUCCAAAACGACAUCUAUCCUCCUGCUACUGGCAGUAAGCCUUCCAUGUCCAGCGAGGAUUGGUUCUCGGGCAAAGAAGCCGCUCUCCCUCCCAAGAUUUCUCUUGAGAGUGUGUACGAGGGCGAGACUCCGGUCGAGAUCCCUGCUGAGAAGGCGCCCUCUGCCAACCAGGUGAAGAGCACCCCAGCCCCUGGUUCCCCCGAGCCUACGCCCGCCCCAAUCAACAGAGGAUCCAUGAAGGACAAUCAAGUCAGCAUGGCUGCUAUGGCCGAUAGAUUCGCCGACAAGGAAGAGGUAGCCGCAUCGAAGGUCAACACCAACGAUGAGUUUGACGAAGUACCCAAGCCCGUUCAACGACCAAAUGCUACUGUUGCUACCAAGCAAGAAGAGAAGACUGGCCUCCGCACUCCCCCACAAGUCCAGACCUUGUCACCUACCAGAACUUCCUCUGCUCCUGCUCCCGAGCCGGUUGCCGAGCCCAGGUCUAAUGAUUCCAAGUCAACGGUGGCAGAGGCCCCCAAGGCUGCUCCCAGCAGCACAGAGCAGCCUACUACGGCCUCGGGUGCCGCAAAGGGCGCAGCUGAAGGCAUCAAGGGUGCCUUGUCAGAGAUCAGAGGUCUCUUGUUGCAACAGGCCCAGGAUAUGGCAGCACAGGCGGAGCGUAUUGAAAGCUUGACGAAAGAGGUAGCAGGCCUCAAGAGCCGUUUGGGCGAGUGA